GUGUAACUGCCCCAACUUUGCAUGUGGGGAUGCUGUUUUCCACUGUUUGUUGGUACCGAGAUCCACAUGGUUUACCUUGGAUUGAGUAUCUACAUACAGGAGCAUCCAAAAUCUGGUAUGGUGUUGCUGCUAAUCAAGAGGAGAAGCUCUGUGCAGCUCUCAAGAAAAUUGUUCCAGACUUCGUUAAAGAUUCUGCUAUAUGGCUCCCUUCUGAUACUGCCAUGGUUCCUCCUACGGAGCUGGUUCGUGAAGGUGUCCGUGUGUGCCGCGUUGUGCAAGAUCCCGGGCAGUUUGUUGUUGUCUUUCCAGGUGCAUUUACUUCCAGUAUUUGUAAAGGAUACCUUAUCUCAGAAAGUGCAUUCUUUGCAAGACCACAGUAUUUUGAUCGUGCUGUUGCUUCUUUCAAAGCUCUUCAUGAUUGCUGUGAACCUUCCAUGUUCUCCUUAGACCGUCUUGUACUCUCUGUUGUAAGUGAUCCAAGAGCAACACUUGAUGGUCUCUUACGUGCUAGAGAACUUGUGCUGCAAGUCGUAGAAAAAGAAAAGAGGCUACGCUCUCAGUUAGUAGAUAUUGGUUUAGAAACGAGCGAACGAUUAUCAACUCCAGAUUCUCAUCGUAAAAAGAAAAAUCGUUUUAUUGAGGACGAAGAAGAAAAUAUGUGUGAAGUAUGUCGGCAAAACCUUUACGUGGCAUUGGUUACCAAUUCACAAGAAGAAGCUGUUUAUUGCCUUGAACACGCCCUUCUCUUCCUGAGUAAGAAUCCAUCCCAUCUGGAAUUUUGCAAACUUAUGUAUACAUACAGUUUGUCUGAAUUGGAUAGUGCAAUAAAGCAGAUGGAUGAAAGGAUUCAUGCCAAAAGUGGCAGCAAAAAAUCACCUUACAGCAAGAAGGCAAAAUCUCGGGAACAUCUUGAUUCCUUCAGUAGCACCAGUAGUUCGAAUCUUUGAUGGUAAUUUGAGCUGUGACGUAUCACAGCUCAUUAUUCUUGGUUGCCAAGGGAAAGUGGUGAUAGUCAUUUAUGUCAGUCAAUACUAUAUUUUUGAAUGGAUGACUUUUGCAUUGCACUGAAAUAACUUUUGCAAACACAGGCUCCCAAGUUCAUCUUAUUAUAUCUGUGGUGUCAUUUUAUAAUGAGUAUUUUGUGCUUAUGUUGGUUUUAUGUGAAUGCUCCAGCUAUGGUUUAUUUUGUAUGGAGAAAAUUUGUCAAGAAGUUUAACAUUGUGAUGUCACAACUUUGUAAAUGGCAAAUGUGAGCCUUUCUUAUCAGUCAGUCUUCAUUUACAAAAGUAUAUGCAGUAGUUCGUUUUAAAUAUAUUUAACACAAUGUCUGUAUAAUCAUGCUCGUUGCAAGAUGAUGAUAAAAAUUUUCUUGGAUAGUACAUAAAACCUAUUUGUGAUGCUUUAAAGAAUUCAAAAAAUAAUUCACCUUUAUUGGAGUUAAAGAGAACUUAUUUGCCAUUACUUUCGCCUAUUACUGACUGAGUAAUUUGAUGAAUUAAAAGAAAAGGCUUCCAUGCAUGGACAUGCAUGAUUGUUUCAAAAUUUCAUGUAAGUACCUAAGAAAUUUUUUCUUUAAAUAAGUAGGAUGUGGUAUUUAAAAUUUUUGGAUGCAUCCAAUAUUUUAUUUAAUCUUUGACGUGGAACAUGAUAUUAACAAUAUUCUUUGGGAGAGAGCAAUACAAUUGAGUAAAUUAUAUGUACAUGCAAAUAGGGAGCCAAAAUAGAAUGUGGUUCCAGAUUGCAUUAAUUAAUUUAAAGUACAGUAAUGAAAUUGCUGUAUUUAAUUUUCAAAUGUUUUGAUGAAACCUUUGGGGAAAAAAUUCAGGAAUUUAGUCAUAACAAUACCAAACGUUGAAGUGUCUGUAAAUACUAUACCAAGCUAGAUACUUUGUAAAAGUUUACCUUUACUUGAAAUAAUAAUUAAGUACUAAGGAAAAAUAGUCACAAAUUCAUGGAUUUGCAAUUGGUAUUUAUCAGUGCAAGUAAUUUUUUAAUGGCAGCCACAUUACAUUUGGUGUGUUGUAACUGUUGAUACUAUGUAUCUUUCUUUUCAGUAGCGUUUAGGAAGUAUGCCUUGUAUAUAAUAUUCUAUAUGCUAAAAAGUUCUAUGCAUCGCAGAUUGAUGUGCGUAUCGAGGCAAUAUUUGAAAAUGGACUUAGUUUUUCGAAGUGUAUUUUCAAUUUUGUUUUUAAGCUACAGUGUACAGUACAUCAGUAUCUUUUAUUUAUUAUCGCCAUUCUGUAUAGUGCUUUUAAAAAGUAUUGUGUAGUCUAAAGUAUUACUGGAAUAUGCAGCAUUAAUUGGUUAAACAUAAAGAUAAUAAGUAGGCAAAUGUGAAAACCUCAUUCAUAUGGCAUUUAUCAAUGAUGGUUAUGUAUAAACUUUGGAAAGACGUUGUCCAUUGGUAUUUGAUAUCACAUUACGUAUAUGAAAUUCUGAUUCACGAUCAUUUUUGAGCUUCAAACUAUCAUUUAAAAUCUUUUGAGUGAUAUUCUCACUAGUGGUAUAAUUUUAUAUCGUUCUUGCUGAGAAACUGCCUAAAAUACUCAUUCAUUUACUUGAACUUGCAUACUUAUGUAGGAGAUUAGUAGAUUGAAUUUUUAAAUAUAUGCAGGUCUCAGGUUUGUACUCCUCCAUUAUGUUUCUUGUUCGGCGUGUGAGCUAUACACAAGUUAUAUUUUCUAGCCAUCAUGUGGAAUGACUUGAAAUUAAAAGCUACAGCUUGUGACUAUACCUCAUGGGUUGGUGCUUCUUGAAGUUACACGUAGGAAAUUGCAAGAAUUGGGGAAGUUAUGAACCCUACUUGCAGUAUUUUGAAAAAUUAUGAACUAUAAAGUAUUAGCUGUGAUUUUCUUAAUGGUUUGGUGUAAUGUAUAUUGUAGAGCAUCCCUUGUAAAUAUGGUUUCAUAGGGGUUGGAUAUUAAUAUGUCUUCAUGAUUCUGAGCUCUGGUAUAAUGUAAAUCUGUUUACCAAUUUAUUUAUUGUAAUCAGCUGUUGAUCUCUUGCAUUUUUUCAGUUCAUAUUCUCUUGAUCAUUUUUACAGGUAAGUUAUUGUUGUGCAAAUUGCAUGUUAGAUAAUGCUGUAAUUUAUCUUUACUAGAAUUUUGUUUAUAAGCUGAGUGAGUACAAAUACGUAUUGGAAUAUUCAGACCACCCAUUAUAACACAAGGUUCUGUAGUUAAUCAAGCAUUAUGGAAAAAUGCACCUUUGUCUCUGUUUUGAAUGUCUCCUGGUGUCAAAUGUUAGGUUGUUUGGCAUCACUCAUGAGUACAGCAGAAAAUUGUUCCUUUAUCUUGGCCUGUGCAUUUUCUAGUGACUUGAAAGUAAUGAAAUACUGCUUCUAAUAGCAGCCUCUUUUGAUUUUUUCCAGAGUUGCUUUUCUGUUUUUAUUUUUCUAAUUGGAAGUGGCUUAAGAUACAAAUUACUUCCAUGUCUUGUCCUCUCUUUUAGGCACAUCCUUUUUAUUCUGCAGGCUAUGCAACACUCACUUUUCAGUGUAUGGUGAGAAUUGUUCACUUAGGAUCUUGUUAAAAGUAACAGUUAUGAAGGAGAAAAGAAAUAAUUAUCUGAAUCUACAAAUUAAAAAAGGAUUUUAGGACGUUAUAUUAUCCAGUCACAAUAACUUUGUUUAAUUUUUUGUGCCUGGGGGGGGG